CCUCGACUGGACAGGAGGUUAUUAGGGGAGCUACGUUGCUUUAAGAGCAAAAUCAAUUUUUCCUUCGUUAAAGCGAAACAAACACCGGUCAAUAUGUUUGCAACCCUAAUAAAACUACUUGUGGUCCUCUUCGUCGUCCAUCAAGCCAUCGAUGCACAACAAUUCUCUCCGCAAUUCCAACGAAUUGCGGCUAAAUGCAGCCGCUUAUCUCCAACCGCUCAUUCCCAACCGCUCAUUUGCUCCCGCUCAUAUUCACUCCUUCAUCAGAAAAAAGGCCUACAUACAUCAGAGGAUGAACCUCCACCCCCUAAGAACAUUUAUGUGGGCCUUGAGUCUAGCCUUCUGAAGAGCAAUAAGGAACCACACAAGAAUUUUAUCACAGAUCUUGAGUAUCAAAAAGAACUUAUUGGAAUUGGGGGUACUUAUGGAGACUUACAAAUUGUCUCGUCAAAGAAGCAUAUUGUCGAAUCUGAUCAUUUCCCACCAGAAUCCGUUUACAAAUUUGCAAAAGAUUCCUGGAUAAGAAAUAUAAAUCGUGCAGAUAUGGCAGCUCUGUCAAUACCAUAUAGGUUACACAAAGACUUUACAACAACUGGUGCUGUCGUAGGAAAUCAAGGUUAUCGUGGGGAGUUUGUUACCGAACUCUCUAAGCUAAUGAGAGAAGGAAAAUACGACGAAGUGGUUCGGCUAUCAAUUUUGGAAUACAACAAGAGUUUAGGUGACAAAACACAUCGUGGAAAUAACGAAGAACUGUUUGAUUAUUAUAAACCUGGAAUCCUAGCUGGUCUCAAGGUUCAAGUGAAGAAUGGAUUGCUAUCUGAGGAAAAAUUGACAGAAUUUUCGGAUGAGCUCGAACUGACCAAAAUUACACACCCGGUUGAAGAUACGGCCCUGAGGAAAAAAGCUAUUAAAGCAGUAAACGAAACUGUUCAUACAAUGCCCAAAAUUAAUAAGAAUUGCACAAAUAAGAAAAGGAGCAAAUCAAUCGGUAAAAGAGAUUGGAAAACCCGCUGCGGCAAGCUACCUGGUAGAGCUUCGAAGGCAAUGAGAAAGGGAAGAAAAAUCCUGUCGAAUGUUCUAAAUUCAUUUCAUCCUCGACAUUGGCGGUUCGCCCACUAACUAUUCCUAAGCCAAGGAACAAACACUUUCAUAAAUGUUGAUGCAAUAUAUUUAGGUGAUAUCUUAUAGCUGUUCCACAUCCACAAUACUAUCUUGAAGUAAAAUGCACAACGUUGUCCUACUUUAUUCAGUUUUUGUCAUUUUA